UUUGUUUGUGAAAUUAUUAACUUUUGUAAAAACGAAAAAACACCUUUACUUAAAUUUGACAUUGUGUCUAAUUAAUAAAAUGGAUAAUUUUACAUCUAAUUUUAAUAAUUUUUCGAAUUUUUUUAGUGAAAAAAUUCAACUUUAAUAUAUUAUACGAGAAAAAAGUAAAUUUUUUUUUAUUAUCGCGACUUAAACAUUCCAAUAAAUAUUUAUAUUUAUAUACAUGUCUUCAAAAGAAUAUUUCGUAUAUGAUUUUACAAAAUUCAAUAAUGUUAAAACUUAUCAGAGAUCAAUUUUCCACGACAAUAAAAAAUUCUAUUCGAUGUUGUGCUGCAAUAAUAAAGAAAAAUGAAGAAAAUAAAAUACCCGAAAAUAUGGAUGUAAACAAUAAUUCCGAAAAUGAAAAACCAAAGAAAACUACAUAUAAAAAGAAGGAGGGUAUAACUAAAACUGAAAUUAAAAAAUAUUUAAAAUCUGUAAAUUCAGAAGAACUAAUUAAUAAUAUGCCAAAUCCUAUGAACAGAAGAUCAAGAAAUCCAGCCGCUUUGUUUCUUAUUGAUAGUAAUUUGGCAGAAAAAAUUGCUAAUAAAUUGGAAGAUGCACUUACAUCAGAUCCUGAUAUGUUUAUUGCUGAAGUUAAUCCCGGUUGGGGAUUAUUGACGGAAAAUUUAUUAAAAAAGUCAAUUUCAAAAAUUCAUCUUUAUGAAACAUUUGAAUUUUUUUUAAAUCCAAAUUCUCGAUUACAAAAUAUUGUCAAAAAAAAUGAAGAACGUUUAGAAUUACGUAAAAAGAAUUUAUUUGAUCUUUGGACAAUUGUAUUUCGAGAUUUUCGAGGAUCAACGAAUGAUGAGGAAAAAUUGUUAAAGGGAACAAAAAUAAGGGAAUGGAAGGAUAAACCAUAUAUGACAGUAAUUGGUACUAUAACAAAUGAAAGUUUUAUAAAACACUUGAUAAUGAGUGUUCUUUUUCAAAAUACAUUCAUGAAACGAGGAAGAAUUGUUUUCUAUUUAAUGAUAGAUCCAAUAAUUUGGGAGAAAUAUAUAUCACCAAAACAGACAGGAACCUAUAAUUGUCGAAGUGUUAUAUUUCAAAGUCUAUUUGAUUAUGAGAAAAUUGAGACAUUACCAAGAAAAUCUUUUCUACCUUGGCUUUAUAAAAAAACUUAUUUGAAUCAAACAAAUAAUAAAAAUUUAAGAAAAUUGAAAUAUGAAUAUGUUUAUUUUGUAAGAAUUGAGCCAAAAAUUGAUUUAUACGACAACAUAAGUCAAGCGGAUUUACUCACAUAUUAUUAUUUUAUCAAAUAUCAUAUGCAAAUAUCGCACACAAGAGUAAUACCGGCUUUAGAAAAUUGGAUACCCGGUUGUGGACCACGAUUAAUAAUGCGUAAUUUUACUAUUUACACGGAAUUUCAAGAUUUAGAUGUGAAACAACUUUUGGAUCUUUAUAAAGAAUUUAGCUCUUGGCCAGAAUUCAAAGAGUGUUAUUUUCUUACUUUAUCGUCCGAUUUUUAUUCUUCAAUGGAGGAUGCUUUUCAUGAAAUGGGAUGUAUUUAGCUCUUAUUUGUUUUUGAAUUAAAAUUAUUUAAUUUUGUUACGACUUUAUAAAUGAUAAAAAAUAUUUUUUCAACAAGGAAAAAAAGAAUUGCUUAUGGGACAUUUCAUAUGAAAUUUUUUCAAUUAACUUCAAAAAAAAAAAAAAAAUAAAAAAAAUCUCUUAUAACUAAUUGUAAAUAAUAAUUUUAAUAAAAAAAAAAAAUUGUUGCAUAUUUUAUAUGAAGUGUCACUAUAUUUUACAAUUAAAUUGAAGCAAUAAAACAAAUGUGUAUAAUAUAAGGACGUAAUUAGAAAAAAGAGAUUCGACAAUUUCAUUUCCUUAUCAAUAAAGGAAUUUAUCCUUUUGUGAAUCAGAAGGAAAUGUUUUUGUUCUUGUAAAUAAUUUAUUGUAUAAAAUUAUAUAAGGAAAAUAUUUAUAUCCUUAUUGAAUGAAUUUUAUAAAAAUAACUCUUUUGUAUUUAUUUGUGUUACAAAUGAAAAAUUUUCAUUUUUUUCUCUCUUGGGAAAUGUUAAUUUUUUUUUUUUGAAAAUUAGUCGCGUGAAUGUAUCUCAAGUUCAAGUGCACUGUCCCGCUAAGUAUUUCUCGCGUGUGUUUGUUUCAUUAAUUUAUUUAUCACUGACGUAACUGGAGAAUGAAUAAUAUAAAAAUCCGGUUACUUUUUUUUUUUUUUUAUUUCAAUUCAAAUGAGAUGAGCGUAUUUGUGUGUAACUUCAACUCGACCGUUUUAUUUUCUUCUCUUUUUGUAUAUGUAGUUUGCCUUGAGAGGCAAUGCUCGACGAUAAUCUUCUCUCACUAUAAACUCAGAUUCUCAGUCUCAACUUUCUCAGUGGGAAGUUAACAUUAUAAUAAGUUAUUCACCCCAAAUUUAUUUUAUUUUUUUUCUAUUUUUCUAUUUUUUUUUUUUUUUUGAUAUAUUUUCUUUUAUAAAGAAAAAAUAUGAAAAUUAUUCUACAAUUUUUUGUUACGGCUGCAAUUUUCUGGCAAAUCUGGAGUCAGGACAUUGCAUUUCCAAUUGAAGGUACAACGAACCACGUGAGCGGAAAUAUUGGAAAUCCUGGCGGACCAGUUUUAACAGAAAGAAUUCCGGUACAUUCGCCAGGACAAUGUCCUGAGAAUAUGUUACUUUAUCCAGGAGCUGGAAACAGUAGCACAUGGAUUUGUGAUUGUAGAUUGAAUUUUGUCUAUUUUCCGGAUUCGGACAGUUGUCAUGAACUUUAUAAACGUGGUCCAUGCCCGCUAAAACAAAUUGUUGUUUUACCGCGCAAUGAAGUUAUUCCAAAGUGCAUUGACAAUUUAUGCCAAGAGGAAAAUCAGGUUCCAUUUAAUGGCACAUGCAGUCGAAUUGGUAGUAUCGGCGGAAUUUGUGGCAUGAAAGGAAUGCUUAUUAUUAACGGGACAACAUAUCAACUUGAAUGCAUGGAUUUGGGAGUUGAACAUUUUGUUAUAAUAAAUGCGCCAAUGAAAGUUUGUCCACCCGGUAGUCGUCGAAAUUCCUCAGGACAUUGUAAAUAUGUCCUUUAGGGGAAUUAAAAAAAAAACAACAUUUUUCUCUAAUUACAUAUUUUUAUUAUCAUUAAUUUUCAUUUUUUUUUUUUUUUUUUUUU